CAGUCUCCAUCAUCAUCAAAUACAACUCCUUUCAUUCUCCUCUUCCAUUCACCUACCCAAAGACCAAGUCUGGAAAUAGUAACCAAAAGAGAAGCCCACAUCGUACACAAAGCAGAGGAAGGGUGAAGGACUUUUAGGGUUGGCCAGAUGCAGUGGGGCAUGGAAUGAACAGAAAGAGGUUAAAUUGAUGGAUGACCAACAAGAGCAGGAUUGUGCCUCAGAAGACCAAGAAACUAUCCUGAUUAAUGGGGUGAAAGAAAAUGAACCGCACGAGGCGGCUGCCGACGAGAGGCCUUGCGCUAACGUGGACGCUGCCGCGACGUUCCCGGCCUUGAAGCACGCGUCGGACGACUCCUCGGCGCACGCCAUCUCCCUCACGUCGUGCGUGACCAAGGGCAUGAGCUCCUGGUCGCUGCCGGGCGACUGCGAGAAGGCUCCCUUCACCAUCAUGGAGCCCGGGGGCAUGUCGGCGCUCACCGGCGACUGCCUCAUGCAGCCGAGCCGGACCUGCCUGGGCUGCUUUAUUGAAUCAAAGGACGGCAUUGAUGCGGAGCCGGGAAUAAGCCUGAAAGUGGGUGAUAUAAAUAGGGAUUAUGACACCUGUUCGGUCUCUGAUAUAGGGAUUCACUGCAUGAGCACAGGAGAAACCAUGAGAUACGGGGAUCAACUGCUUUCAGACCAGCUUUUAAGCUUCCCUAUGCAUAAAUCGAGGGCAGCAGACAAAAGGGAUGCAGAAAAAUCUGACAGUGAUUCAGAGGACCCCACUCAGAAAAAUUAUUACGAGGGAUUACUACUAGACAAAUGCAACGGUGAGGAACCUUUACUAACAAAUCCGAACCAGGAAUGGGGCUAUUUUGAAUCUUUCAUUAGCGAAAGUAAAAUUGAGCUGCUUGACCUUUGCUCCAAAAAUGAGCUUUCUGUAAAUCUGUUUUCGGAGGAGGAUGUGGAUAAUUACAUGUUUGAUGAUGACGAUUCAACCUUGGGAAGCGACGUCUGCUCCUUAAAGAUUAGAUACGAAUCUUUCCAGGACAACGUGCGUGAGAAGACCACGGCCCUGCAAGAGGAUGCCCAGUUCAACUUCUUCCCCAGCGUGUUCAGCAACUGCACUAAGAGGGACAGCAGGAGCAGCCUGAAAAGGGGGCCGGGGGGGGCCACAGACCCUUCUCAGUUCAAGUCUGAAGAAGGCAUCAUCUGGGGGGAGGAGGAGGAGGAAGGGGAGGAAGAGGAGGGCGAGGAGGAGGAGAAAGCUGCCUUAAAUAAAUCAUGCAACAGUGCGGAGAUGGUGCAGUACGUGGGCUCCAAACGGAGCCACUUCUUGGACUCGGUGAAUUCCACGGAGGACUCCGGGGAGUUCAGUGACGACAGCACCUGCACCGAGUCCUCCUACGAUGUGCUGCGGGAUAUCAAGGACUGCAGCCGCUACCUGUCCAGGGAACACUCCACUUCCUUCAUCCAGCAGAACUACGGAUUGCGGGCAAAGAGGAAAGUGCGAUACAGCGACGACUACCUGUACGACGUGGACUCCAUCGAGAACGAGAAGAUCCUGGAUAAGAAAGAGUGGCUCCCUGACGGGCCCAAGGAAGAAGACGACGACGAGUGGUGCCCAAAGAAAAGACGAAAAGUCUCUCGCAAGGAGCCCCCUGUUAUCAUCAAGUACAUCAUCAUUAACAGGUUUAAGGGGGAGAAGCAUAUGCUGGUGAAGCUGAGCAAAGUGGAUGCCAAUGAGACGACCGUCACCCUGAACGAGGAGCUGCUCAGCAAAUACGAGAAGCUGGCCCCGCUGAAGGGCUUCUGGCAGGAGAGGCAGCAGAGCCGCAUGGAUUUGCUCCGAUCGUCUCUCUACCACAAGCAGAAUUUCUAUCUUAACGGCUCAGAUGCUUCGUUCCUCCCUCACCCACGGAAGCGAAAAUGCAAGCUAGCAAACAGGCACAGGAUUCAGAGAAUUAAAGCCAUCGAGCAGUCGGUGAGCAAGCUGGGCUCCUGCUCCGUGGAUCCCAAGCAGCCUUGCAGCAGUAAGGAGGACACGGGCCUGAAAGGGCUGCAGGCGCUGGCCAUCGCCACCCCCGGCUGCGCCAACGGCCUGCAUGUGAGUGACAUCCCCGGCCUCACCGCCGUGAAGUGCAAAGCGCAGGAGCGGGACCUGAAGGGGACAGAGAGGAAAGUGCUCCGCCGAAUCAAGUUCAAAAGCGAAGCCAGGUUGAAAUGCAAGAAAAUCAAAGCUGCUGCCAGUACAGCGGAGGGCUCCCCAGCGCUGGAAAACCUGGACCCUGCAGUUCGUUUGAAGGACGAAGAUAUUCCUUGUGCUUCAGACAGCUCCCAUCUUCCGGAGUGCCCCGAGGAUAAGAUUGCUAAAAAUGCUGCUUUCCUCCCAUCCACCUCCUCCUCAGGCAAGGACGCCCUCCCGGCCGCUGCGUACGCUCAAGUCAAUCUGAAUAGCGGCAAAUUGCUCUACCAAAAAAAUUACAUGCCGGAUAACCAACAAGUGCAGUCUGAUGAUUCUUAUCAGUCAUGUCAUUUCGCUAAUGGAGAGGGGCGCUUUCAUUUCCAGCGAGGCACACUGAGCACGGAUGAUGGCAGGCUCAUUAGUUUUGAUUCAGUGGGUUCAUUGUCAGUUAGUUCGAGCAAUUACAGUUCUUUAAGUUUAAAGUCUUGCGAGAAGGACGGCGAGGAUGAUAUUAACGAUGACUUCUUGGCCCACUGCAGUCCCAAGCUAGUGAUCCAACAAAGCAUAGAUGAAAUAACCCCCCUGAAGGAGUCCACAGACCUCUUAGACAUCUCCAACUUCACUCCCGAUAAGUUCCGUCAGUCCUCCCUGUCGGAGAUGUCUCCUCCAGACACUCCCAACCUCUCCCCGCAGAUAGCCGGCUCUGACGCCAAACCCCUGGGCACCCUGAAAGGCUUUCAGGAGAGCACCCAGGCUGUGCUCAACAAUUCUGAGAAGGUCAAGUGGAACUGUGGGGUCCUUCAGACCGAGGAGCAGGCAGAUAAUGGGUUUACUUUAAAUAAUCAUCAGUUUCAGUUCCAUAUGUUCAACGAUGAAGAUUCUGUCAGCCUCCUCGAAAAAAGUCCGUGCUUGUCAACAUUUAAUGAGCCAUCUGGUCAAAUUAGCACCAAUAGCAAAGUGUCAAAAUCUAAGAGGAAAAGUUCAUCCAGCAAGAAUGCGGGUACAAACCAAAGCUCUUCCCAGAAAACCACUAGGAAAAAAUCUCCCAAAACCAACAAAGCAACUGAUAAGCCACAAGGUAAAAAUUCCAGGCAGACCCCCAAAACAACCCGGAAAGGGAAAAAUGCUGCAGGAGCCACUGGCGAAAAGGCUCAAGCAGUUGGCAACAGGGCGGUCAAUCAGCUAAGUAACGCGGCCUCCACCACCAAGGGCCUCGCCGAGAGCGUUCAGCACUGCAGCCCGACCACAGUGAAGAUAGGGAAGCAUAACGGACUCUCCGGGGAAUGGUCACUGGGGAAGGACCCCGCCACUGGCUGGUCGGAGCCCAGCAUAGGAAGCACCAACAGUCUCCUGGAUGACGAUCAGAGGGAGUUUGAAGAGCCCUCCAACAUACUCUCCAACAUUGCAUCAGGAAUGGCAGACGUUCAGAGGUUUAUGAUGGCCUCCAUCGAACCCCUGUGGGGGCCCGUUGGCCAUAACAGCGUGCCAGAUAUAUUCCGGUCACCUGAAUCAAACAGCCUGAAAUUGAAAACGCUAAAAAUUUUGGCAGGGACGUCACAAGAAUCGAAGAAAAAGGCCAGCAGCGGCUCUCCAGCGACGGCCAAGAGUCACAAGUCAAACAAGGGCUCCAGCAAAAACGGCAAAGCCACAACGUGUGACCCCGGCCGCCCCAACUGCUCGCCUGGGUACAGCACAGACAUUCACUCUCCCUUUUUUGAUAAAAACUAUAGUAACCUGAGCACUUUAGGCAAUAACGGACCUACCCAUAAAAAACUGUACCGUCAUAAAUCAAGUUCUAAAUCACUGAGGGAUGAGAACUGUAAAAUAAAGCGAACAGACCGUGAACAGACCCAUAAGGACCCAUCUGUGACAGCUUCUUUUGAAAAACUGAGGGAAUCAGACUCCAUUCUUCUUAAAGCAGAAACAACAUUUUUGGUUUUACCUGUAUUUGAAGAAGAGACUCCCUUUUCUAGAAAGACGUUUGAUGUUUCUUUCUCUCCUUUUGGUUUGUUUCCCUUUUUUUGCACCUUCGGGUGUUAAUAAAAGGAUGUAUACUUAAAAGUUUCUGGUUUUAAAAACCAAAAUACAAAGAAAAAAAUUAAACUUUUGUUGGGAAUUUUGUAAUAAAAAGAAAUGUUGUGAAAAAAAAAAAAGAGUGUAGUGAUAUUGUGUAAAGGAAACUGGAAAAUUUGUGAGCGCUUUGCUGUUUUAUAGAUCCUCUUGUAAAUUAUUCUUGUAAUAUUUUUGGUUUUGUUGUUCUUGUUGCAAAGGUUUUCAAUAUUUGUGACUGACUCUGUAUGGUGAAAACGUCAUAUUGUUAACUUGCUGAGUUUUGUUAUAUUGUUUAUGGAAUAAAUAAAAAAAAUUAAAAAUCUCAUUUUAAGAUCAUAUAUGAAGAAGCGAUUCAAACUGCCCUUUAUUGA